UUUGUGAAAAUCAUGAGAUUCCAGACUUUGACAUUUAUUGGAACUUACUACGACUUCAUAAAAUCACAACACAAACAAAAAAAUAAAAAUCCCAACAUGGCAAGCCAAGCAAGCAACAAUGGCGAAGAUUGUGAUCCAGGACUUUCCCGUGACAAGUCUCUCUCAAUCUGUACCGUCCAUAAAGUUGCACUUACACAGCCCCUUCCACCCAUCAAAUACAAAAACAUGAUCUUAAUCACGCAACAACAAAGCCUUAGUAACCAGAAACAGAGCAAAGGCAAGUUGUAGAAAGCACUUUACUGUAUAGUGCUGGCGUUGACUUCAACAUUAAUGACACUGCUUCCAAUUGCGACUCUCACGGUCUUGAACCACUUUCUUAGUUUCCCAUCAAUCAAUCUUUGUGCCUUUUUUCUAUCUAUCUUUUUGUGUUUCUGGUUCUCGUUCUCUGUUUCAAGGCCUUAAAGCUCAAUUGGGUAUUAGUUCAAUUCAGCAAAUGUCACCGCAAAGGCCUCUCUUUCUUUCCACAUUGCAGGUAUUUCUGGUCUCUUUAGGUGCGUGUUCUAGGUGACAUACGUUUAGACAUAUCAGGUGCUUGAGGUACUACUACUCAUAGUCUUAUAGUGCUUUGAUUGUCUUUGUUUGUUUGUUUCAAACUCCAAGUUAUUCUCUUUAUUUUGAAUUUUGUUUUGCAUUGAGAGAUGUUUAGAGGCUAACAACUGGUAUCAUUGCCUUUUUUUAAUUGUCAACUUGCUUUUUGAUCAAUGGCUUCAGUUAGAUGAUGAUCAUGAUACUAAUGUUUAAGAUAGAUUUCUGCCCACAUGCACUUAUUUGAAUCUUUCUCCAUCAAAGUUCAUUUUUUUCUUUCAUUAGAAUCCGGUUUGGCCACCCCCACUUGCUUUCCUGUUUUGCCUUAUCCAAAAUGACAAGGCCAUGGAGUUCUGUCAUGCAAAAGCUGUUUCACUUGGCAUUGUUAAUUCUUUUCAGUGUCAUCCUUGUCAGUUCUGUAAAUGAAGAGGGUGUUUCUCUUUUGGAGUUUAAGAGAUCCCUUUCUGACCCUAACAACAAUCUUGAGAGCUGGAAUUCAUCUGACUUGACUCCUUGCAAUUGGAUUGGCAUAGGUUGUACUGAUUUUAAGGUAACUUCUGUCAAUCUCAUUGGCUUUGACCUGUCUGGUACUUUAGCUCCAAGCAUUUGUAAUCUUACUCAUUUAACUAAGUUGAAUGUCUCCAAAAAUUCAAUUUCUGGUCCCAUUCCUAAAGAUCUUGCUAGCUGUCAUAAUCUAGAGAUUCUAGAUCUUUGCACCAAUAGGUUUCACGGGGAAUUUCCGACCCCAAUCAGCAAAAUGAUUGCACUUAGAAAGCUUUACCUGUGUGAGAAUUACAUAUAUGGUGAAGCGCCUGAAGAGAUUGGAAACUUAACUUCUCUUGAGGAGCUUGUCAUUUACAGUAAUAAUCUCACUGGCUCAAUUCCUGUUUCAAUUAGCAAGUUGAAACAGGUUAGGAUUAUCAGAGCAGGUCGAAACCUUUUCUCGGGUCCAAUACCAUCUGAAAUUAGUGAGUGUGUGAGCUUAGAGGUAUUAGGACUGGCACAAAAUAGGCUAGAAGGUUCUCUUCCUAGGGAGCUCCAAAAACUUAAGAAUCUUACCAGUUUGAUCCUUUGGCAAAACCGUUUAUCUGGUGAGAUUCCUCCCGAAGUUGGGAAUAUCAGUGGCCUAGAAUUGCUUGCCUUGCAUCAAAAUGCUUUGACUGGAAGUUUACCCAAAGAGCUAGGCAAGUUAACGCAGCUGAAAAGAUUGUACAUUUAUACCAACCAGUUGAAUGGAACAAUUCCAGAGGAGCUAGGGAACUGCACAAGUGCUGUUGAGAUAGAUCUUUCUGAAAAUCAGUUAAGUGGGAUCAUUCCCAGAGACUUGCACCAGGUUUCUGGUCUUCGCUUGCUUCACCUUUUUGAAAACAUCCUGCAGGGAAGUAUUCCUAGGGAACUUGGCCGUUUGAAGCUGCUUCAAGGGCUAGACUUGUCUAUAAACCGUUUGACGGGUACAAUUCCCUUAGACUUUCAAAAUCUUACAUACUUGGUGGAUUUUCAGCUUUUUGACAAUCUUCUAGAGGGUGCCAUUCCUCCCUACCUUGGACUUAACAGUAACCUUUCUAUUCUUGACAUGUCUGCAAAUAAUCUUAACGGCAGCAUACCUCCAGAUCUCUGCAAGCAUCAGAAACUGCUAUUUCUGAGCCUUGGGUCAAAUUGGUUAUCAGGAAAUAUACCUUAUGGCCUAAAAACAUGCAAGUCUCUAAUACAGCUAAUGCUAGGAGACAACCAGCUUACUGGAAGCCUUCCUGUUGAAUUGUAUGAACUUCAUAAUCUUUCUGCUCUUGAACUCUUUAAGAACAAAUUCUCAGGGCUAAUUCCCUCAGAGAUAGGCAGGCUUGGGAAUUUGGAGAGGUUGCUCUUGUCAGAUAACUUUUUUGCUGGGUAUAUCCCUCGAGAGAUUGGAAAUCUUGCUCAGCUGGUUACAUUUAAUGUUUCCUCUAAUCGGCUCUCAGGAAGUAUUCCCCAUGAGUUGGGAAAUUGUACCAAACUACAGAGGCUUGACCUCAGUAGGAAUCAGUUUACUGGCUAUCUCCCUGAUGAACUUGGCAAGCUAGUAAAUCUGGAACUUUUGAAGCUUUCUGAUAACAACUUUAUAGGAGCUAUACCAAGUAGCUUAGGGGAUCUGGCUCGACUAACAGGGUUGCAAAUGGGGGGAAAUAAUUUUUCUGGAAGCAUUCCUGCUGAGCUGGGUGAUCUUACUGUUCUACAGAUUUCCCUAAACAUAAGCCAUAACAAACUUUCAGGUCCAAUUCCUGACAAUAUGGGGAACUUGCAGAUGUUGGAAUCACUCUACUUGAAUGACAAUCAGCUUACAGGUGAAAUUCCUGCAUCAAUUGGUGGGCUGCUCAGCCUUCUGGUAUGUAAUCUUUCUAACAACAACUUGGUAGGAAUUGUGCCUAAUACCCCUGUAUUUCAAAGAAUGGAUUCCUCAAAUUUUGCUGGAAACAAUGGGUUGUGUACCAUAGGUUCAUACAAUUGUCAUCCACCGUCAACUCCAUCUCUUUCUUCAAAACCAAGCUGGAUAAGAGCUGGUUCAUCAAAAGGGAAAUUAGUGUGCAUAUUCUCUGUUGUUGGGUUCCUUUCUAUGCUUUCUAUAGUGAGCAUUUGUUGGGUCAUAAAACGCCGCAGGUCUGCUUUUGUUUCACUUGAAGAGCAAACAAAGUCUGAUGUGUUAGAUAACUAUUACUUUCCCAAAGAGGGUUUCACAUACCAGGACCUCUUGGAAGCUACAGAAAACUUUUCAGAAAGUGCAGUUCUAGGAAGGGGAGCCUGUGGCACUGUCUAUAAGGCUGUCAUGGCUGAUAAGGUGAUUGCUGUCAAAAGGCUGAACUCCCGUGGUGAAGGAACGAGAGUUGACAGCAGCUUCCAUGCUGAGAUAUCGACCCUUGGAAAGAUCAGGCAUCGUAAUAUUGUCAAGCUCUAUGGCUUUUGCUAUCACCAGGACUCUAAUCUUCUCUUAUACGAGUACAUGGCAAAUGGAAGCCUAGGAGAACAUCUACAUGGAGAUGUACAAACAUGUUUACUUGACUGGAAUGCUCGAUAUAGAAUUGCUCUUGGAGCGGCAGAGGGUUUGUGCUAUCUUCAUCAUGAUUGUAAGCCCCGCAUCGUUCACCGUGAUGUGAAGUCAAACAAUAUUUUAUUGGAUGAGGCAUUUGAAGCACGUGUUGGAGACUUUGGCUUGGCAAAGUUGAUGGACUUUCCUUACUCAAAAUCCAUGUCUGCAGUGGCAGGCUCAUAUGGCUACAUUGCCCCAGAAUAUGCUUACACUAUGAAAGUGAAUGAGAAAUGUGACAUCUACAGUUUUGGGGUUGUUUUGCUGGAAUUAAUUACUGGAAGGUUACCUGUUCAACCACUGGAGCAGGGAGGUGAUCUAGUCUCUUGGGUUAGAAGAGCUAUCUAUGACAAGGUUCCAAUAAUGGAACUAUUUGACAAACGUCUUGAUCCGAGUGGGCCAAAGAUGACUGAGGAGAUGUCUUUAGUUCUCAAGAUUGGAUUGUUCUGCACUAGUACUGCCCCACUUAAUAGGCCAACAAUGAGAGAGGUUGUUGUGAUGUUGCUUGAUGCUAGGGAAGCUGAAAGUGAUUCUCCAUCAUCUCGAACAUCAGCAACUGCAUUAGAUGAAGAUGCUUCUUCCAGAGAUUACUUGGAUCCAUAGGAGGCUCUCCUCUAUCCUCCAAGGAGAGAGCUUGGACAUGCACGUAUGGUGUAUCCAUUAAAUGCCAUUCUCAACCAACGUCUGCCUGUUACCACUUGGGAUUAUGCAAAGCAAUAAUGAUUUUCUCUUUUGUCUUUGUUCUGCUGCUAACAUUGUCUGUCCCACAACUGAAUUCAGUAAUGUUAGUUUAGAAGCAUAUUGUAAUUGCUAUUUAAAAUGACAAUUCAUCGCUGUACCCAACCUAAAAUGAGUUAUACGCAUCUCUCUAAUAUCCUAUUCCAAACA